AUGGCGAAGGUGCUGCAGACGUUGAACGCGUAUUUGUUGGACACUUCCAGAUGUUGCUCUUCGGUAGACAGGCUGAAGCAUUUCUGCCUUUGCCGCCGGCCCAACGAUGAGAACGAGGAGCAACUGCGACAGCGCAAAGAGGCGGAGGAGAGGAUCGCCGCGCAGAAUGAGUUCCUGCGCACCUCACUCCGGGGCUCGCACAAGCUGCAGGCGCUGGAGUCCACCCCACCGUCUUCAUGCACCGCUUUCGUCAACGACGCGUACGAGGAGGACAUCAGCGAUGAGGUCUCACCGCUCUACACCAUCGUCGAUUAUGAAGACGUGGUGGCAGCUCUGUCGCGGCUGCAGGCGGCGCUGACGUCAAGCGGGGCGGGAGCGGCGGCGCGGGGGGCGGCGGCGGCGGCGGCGCUCCUCGCGGGGGCGGGGGGCGCCCUCAGGGCGGCUCUGCGCACGCGCACGGCAGUGAUACGCGCGCGGCCGCUGCCUUCGCCGGCGGGACGAGCCGCCGACAGACUGCGAGACUGCAUAGACGCGAUAGGACCAUUGGCGGCAUCGGGCGGCGAGAGUUCAGCGCUGGCCGCUGAACUGCUGUCGGUCCUCGGAGGCCUGGAGUUGGAGAGCCUGGUCCAGGCGCACGACCAGGCGGCGGCGCUGCUAGACCCCGCCUGCUUCACAAGGGGGAAGAGACACAAGACUGCGAACGCGAAUCACAAGGGCGAUAGCGACAAGACGCUGUCCACGUCGCCCGACAGCACCAGCGAGCAGAUUAAGAUCAUCAAGAUCGAGAAGACGAACGAACCACUUGGUGCUACGGUUAGGAAUGAAGGGGAGGCUGUGAUCAUCGGUAGGAUAGUCAGGGGUGGCGCGGCGGAGAAGUCCGGCCUCUUACACGAAGGAGACGAGCUGCUGGAGGUGAACGGGGUGAGCAUGCGCGGCAAGUCGGUGCACGAGGUGUGCCAGGUGCUGGGCGCGCUGGCCGGCACGCUGACGGUGGUGCUGGCGGCGGGCGCGAGGGGCGCGCAGCGGGCGCACGCGCCGCGCGCCGCGCCGCGCGUGCUGCACGUGCGCGCCCACUUCGACUACGACCCCGAGGACGACGUGUACAUCCCGUGCCGCGAGCUCGGCAUCAGCUUCCAGAAGGGCGACGUGUUGCACGUGAUCAGCCGCGACGACCCCAACUGGUGGCAGGCGUUCCGCGAGGGGGAGGAGGACCAGACCCUGGCCGGGCUGAUCCCCAGCCAGGCCUUCCAGCACCAGCGCGAGUCGAUGAAACUGACGCUCGCCGGCGAGGUGGCAGCAAGGGACAAGCCACGGAAGGGGGGCACCCUGCUCUGCGCGAAGAAGCCCCCAAGGAAGAAGAAGGGCAAGAAAGCCAACAGCGAGGCGGGGUACCCGCUCUAUUCCACUUCUGGGGCAGACGAGUUCGAGCAGGAGGAAAUCCUGACCUACGAGGAGGUGGCGCUGUACUACCCCAGGGCGUCCCACAAGAGGCCCAUCGUGCUAAUAGGCCCGCCUAACAUCGGCCGGCACGAGCUGCGCCAGCGGCUCAUGGAGGACAGUUCCAGGUUCGCAGCCGCGGUGCCGCACACGUCGCGGCCGCGCAAGGACCACGAGGUGCCCGGCCAGGACUACCACUUCAUCUCGCGCACGCAGUUCGAGGCGGACAUACUCAACAGGAAGUUUGUCGAGCACGGAGAGUACGAGAAGGCGUACUACGGCACGUCGCUGGAGGCGAUCCGCGAGGUGGUGAACUCGGGCAAGAUCUGCGUGCUGAACCUGCACCCGCAGUCGCUGCGGAUCCUGCGCAACUCGGACCUGAAGCCGUACACGGUGUUCGUGGCGCCGCCCAGCCUCGAGAAGCUCAGGCAGAAGAAGAUACGCAACGGCGAGGCCUUCAAGGAGGAGGAGCUGAAGGAGAUAAUAGCGACCGCGCGCGACAUGGAGCUGCGCUGGGGCCACCUGUUCGACAUGAUCAUCAUCAACAACGACACGCAGCGCGCCUACCAGCAGCUGCUCAACGAGAUCAACAGCCUCGAGCGCGAGCCGCAGCCAGGGGACGCCCGGCCCCCUCCGUCCCCAGCCACGCCGGACGACGUCGCGCGUGACGUCACCAGGGACCCGGCUGAAGCCUCGCCAUGGAUUAUCCGUGUGCGUGACGUCACUUUGGUCCAGUGCAUAAUCCAGCCCCCUCCAUCACUCACGACCACGCCGGACGACGUCUCGCGUGACGUCAUCGUUACGACAGUCGUCCCUGAACGUUCUCGCCGUGGAGCGACUCGAAUUGUGGGCAACCACGUGGUGGGAGACGACAGCCUCUAUCGAAGGUGUAUGCCUAUCCCCGAACUGCCAACCAUCGUGCUCAUUGGUUACCGGCGCGGAAAGCGCAUUGUCUUCCAUUGUCCUUGUAAUCAGAGGGAAGCACGGCACCAGCGUUCGCCCUGGAGUCAGUUCUACGCCCGCACUCGAAAGCGAAACAGAGUGUGG